AUGCACCCAUCAUGGGUGCUGCUGAUACUAUUCUGUUUUCUGAUAGUGGUGGCGUUACGACAACCAGAAAAUCUCUUCCUGGUCUCGCUGGCCGUCUCCGACCUGUUAGUAUCGUUUCUGGUGAUGGUCUUCGCAGCAGCAUCAGACCUGCUCGGCUAUUGGCCAUUCGGGAACGCGUACUGCCAAUUCUGGGUGGCAUUCGACAUCACCACCUGCACAGCGUCAAUUCUAAAUUUGGCGGCGAUUUCGCUCGAUCGAUACUGCCAUAUCAGUCGACCGAUGGUUUAUGUCAGAUACUGCAAUCGACGUCGAAUAUCGUACGGGAUCAUCAUCGUCUGGCUCCUCUCCGCAUUAAUAGGAGCAGCGCCGCUAGGCUUCGGAUUCGACAAGCAGUUCUCGCAUAACAACGAGACGAGUCAGCCGACGUGCGAGAUGAACUUACCACUGGCAUACGCUGUCGCCAGUUCAUUACUGUCGUUUUUUCCUGCCGGCGGCGAUUAUGGUAAUUUUUGGCUUGUU